GCCUUUACGCUAGUAGUGAGCGCUACAUUUACUUACUAUAAGGUAGCUGCUAAACAUGCGUACGGACGUUUGAGAAUCACGCACCCGCACAACGCACAUGGGUUUGUCAACACCCUAGCCUUAGCCACUACACCACACCACAACACACGGCGAGCCCCCGACCAGGGACCCGGCCAGCAGCACCCCAAAGUUAUAUAAAACAGGGAGCUUACAGUAACUUCCGAAGCAAUUUGGCUACCAAGGAUAGUGGAAACUUCCGAUAGUGCACCCCUAGAUCUCCAAUCGUCUGGGCAUCUUUCCCCUCUCGAGUUUCGACUGAGGGAAACCUCAAAUUUGAUAUUUACGAUGCCUAUGCUACCAGAGCAGGUUGACUACCUGUUUCCAACGCACCCAGCUCUGGACGAAUACGGGGAGGCUACACUAGACAACGUCAGUAAAGGUUGUUCUCCUUAUUUCCCAGGUCCUCCUCUCAGAAUGGACUUCAACUUUGAGCAGAGCGAAGUCAAGCCGGAGUUCGACGAGUGUUGCCCGGUGUGCGGGGACAAGGUCUCCGGCUACCACUACGGGCUGCUCACGUGCGAGAGUUGCAAGGGGUUCUUCAAGAGGACGGUACAGAAUAAGAAGGUCUAUACGUGUAUAGAGAACAGGAACUGUCUUAUAGAUAAGACGCAACGCAAGAGGUGCCCCUACUGCCGGUUCCAGAAAUGUCUCAAAGUCGGCAUGAAACUGGAAGCUGUGAGACCAGACAGAAUGCGAGGUGGACGCAACAAAUUUGGGCCGAUGUAUAAGCGAGAUCGUGCCCUCAAACAGCAGCAGAGAAAUCGCAUCAUCGCCAGCAGCCGGGCCGUCUCGGCACCGGGCAACCCGGACAUAUCCAUGGCGAUCAAGAACAUCCAAGCCGCGGCGUCGAAGAGCACACCGCUGUACCCCCCGGCCGCCGUGGUCAUCCGCGACCCGAUGAUGGGCAAGCAAGGCCCCAUCAUGAACAUCCCCCAGCCGACGUCGCUGUCCCAUAACGGCUACGCCAACCAUCACCAGAUGCAACCUCUCAACUACACAACGUCCGCAAUGUCCCAUCAACUACCAACGUCGAGUCCCCCGCCUCCAUCCUCCAGCACCAGCCCCCUCCUACACCCCGUCAAGAUGGAGCCGGAUCAGACGCCGAAGCUUAUCCAGGAAUUGUUACGGAGCGAGCCGGACCACUCGCAGCUACAGGCCAAAGUUGCGGCGUAUCUUCAGAGCCAGAUGAGCCUAACAGCGCCCGGGGAUUUCUUCAGUAUGAUCUGCAAAUUGGCUGACCAGACGCUGUUCUCGUUCGUAGACUGGGCGAGGAAUAGUUUAUACUUCAAAGAACUAAAGGUUGAAGACCAGAUGAAACUUCUCCAGAACGCGUGGAGCCAGCUCCUUGUCUUCGACCAUCUCUACCGACAGGCGCACCACCACGGCGAGGGUAUCCUUCUAAUCACGGGGCAGACGAUAGAGUCCGCCAUGUUGCCAAUCGGCCUCGCCGCCAUGGGAAUGGCCGACAUCUCAGAUCAGAUGGUCCGGAUCAUAUCGCGCAUGCGCGACCUCAAGAUCGACCACAAGGAGUACGUGUGUCUCAAGUUCCUCAUCCUUCUAAAUCCUGAUGUAAAUACACUCCAAGAUAAACACGUCAUCGACAAUUGUCAGGACCAAAUCACGGCGGCCCUCAUGGACUACACGCUGGCCAACUAUCAGGGUAUCAACGACAAGUUCGGUCUGAUGCUACGACUGUUGCCUGAGAUCCGGCAGGUGAGCCAGCGAGGGGAGCAGUACCUCUAUAGCAGGCACAUGGAGGGCGAAGUCCCUUACAACAGCUUAUUGAUGGAGAUGCUUCACAGUAAGCGAAAGUGAACACAAAACAGCCGUUUGUUGACACUAACUGGCGGUCAUCGAAAAAAUCACUGGGACACAGACAAAAUCGCAGACUCUAUUGUUCCCUUUUUUUUCUUUUUCAUUUUUUAAAACAAUGUUUUUGAAGAUUGCUCAAAACCUCAGGAGACGCGCAGAAUGUUCUGCAUGACGGCUGUUAUAUGAAGCACUUUUAACGUGAGAGUGGACUAUGGGCCAAAAUGCAUUGACAGACAUUGAAUCGGUAUACGAGAAAAUGGGGUGCAUUUUAGGAAAACCCGGUACCGAGGAAAGUAUGGACACGACAUCUGCUCCGGUUUGGGAUUCCUGUAAACCACCCACAACAGCUGGUUAGAUAAAACAAUGUUAAACUGUUUGCAAACCGUUGC